AUGGUAUUUGAAGCCGGAAAUUGGGGCGAAGUUUUGGAGACCAGAUCAGAGCAACACGCAUCCAAGGACAAGAAAGAUGUCGAUAACUCAGUCGCCGCACAAAAAAACGGAUUGUUUACGAGCGAGAAUGUGGGGCUCCUGUUACUUGAACGUCAGCACUAUACAUAUAAAUUCUUCGAAACCUUUACGAAAUACCUACAGACACUGGUACUAGUGAAAAAUUUCGAGGAAUCAAAACAUGGCCACGCUCGUAAAUUCCCCUCAGAUUCCGACACAAAAGGAAAUUUAAAUCCCAUAACAGGCACGAAUCUCAGGCCCGCGUGGAAUUGCCGCCCCUCGUAUACAAUGGAUCCAAGAUUUACUUGUCUUAUAUUUGACGCUCACACAGCUCUUUACUCGGUCCGUGACCAUUGUACCUUCCUCCGCAACGAACCAUUGUAUCUCUAUCAUGCUGUCAAUAAUUUCCACUUAUCUCACAGCAUCAACCACCCAGAUGCAGAAUUCAUCAAAAGAAGCUCUGAUCAUGACCCCAUCAUCAUUACCUCCGCUGCUGUUCUGAAUUACCUCAAGGAUUCGUAUGCAUCACAAGCGUACUGGAAUCUCAUCUACAUGCUUUUAACUUCACGGGUCUUCCCUGUUUUUAGCCCUUUCAGAAUUUGGAAAACCGCUGGCAAGGAGCUCAACCGUACACGAGCUAAGUUUCGUUGGUUUUUAAUGACCGAUGAGAAUUAUGCGGGAUAUUAUACCACGACAAACCCAAAAGAUCUAUCUAGCAAAAAAACCCCGAUCAUGAAGCUUAAGAAGACGAUAUCCAUGAGAGAUUUACUAAAGAAAUCAGAGUUUACAUGCUGGAUGUUAUCGCUUGCGGACGCCGCACUUACACCCAAAGAUGUUUCAAGGCUGUUGAAAGAGAUAAAUGAGUACAUUGAGAGAGUUCCGCAGACUCGUGAGAACAUUUCUGAGGGGUUAGGGGAGGCUUUGGCUAAUGUUUCUAUAAUUUCUACGUUUAUGGAGCGAUGUGAAGAUUUGUGGGGUUUACCAGUGUUGAUGACCCCCACUGCCAUGGACACGCCGGAUGAUCAAGUGUCAUCGGACCCGGGUAGGGUUUGGAAGACGUUGGAUUGGGCGAACUGGUAUUUUCCAAAAUUUGACUUGAAAGGUCAGGCCAAAACAACCGGAAGUUUUGCUCAGAUAGCAUACGCGUGUAUAAACCAGUUGCUCGAGAAUUAUGAAGUGGGGCUCAAUACUCUGCCAACGUCGAUUGGUUUAUUUCAUCGUAUAGAAUUUGGUGUUGGCCAACAACUUAAGUCCACCUACCGCACUCUUGAGAGGAAACCUUCUCCACCUAAGUCGGGUGCGAACUUAACCACUUCUGCAUCUCGUGCUCCUACCAUCUUGGUAACAGCUUCUGCUCUCAAAACAUUGCGCAAGAUCUUUCGUGCUGAGCUAGAUGGCACCAUUGCAUGGCCCGCAUUCGAGUAUGCUAUGACCGAUGCUGGAUUCACCUUCAAGACAGACACGAGCGUGGCAAGAAUUGUACCAAACAACUCGAAUAACAAUUGGAAGCAAAUCAAUAUAUAUAGACCGUAUCCAACCGAUCGAUUUGCGGGCGAGACACUGUUGGGGCUGAAUCUGAAGCUUGCAAAGAAUUACGAAUGGAAUGAAUCAACCUUCGGGCUUGCGAAAAAGCAGUAA